AUGAUGGUUUAGUGUCAUUUGAUGAUUAGUGGUUUGAUUGAGCAUAAUGAUAUUGUUGAUAAUGAUGAUCCAAUUCAUUUUAAUGAUAAUGAUGAUGGCAACAUUUGUAAAAGGUCAACCACAGCCACAAGACGCAGCAGAGGUGGCAUCGGAUGCCAUUUCCUCAUUGGCAAGUUUCAAUUUUAUGAAUUGUAUGGAUUUCGCCCGACACAUGACAGGCACGGCCGAAAAAUUUGGCCUCAUUUCGAGCGGGGCGGCGGCCGCCGCUGCCGUACGACGUCGACGAAUUGAUCAACAAUUUGUGAAUGCAGUCAUGCCGGAAACGUUGGUGGAGCGAAUGUUCUACAGCUAUAAUAAUCAUCAUGCUUACCGUCAAAGCGCAACCGGCCUAUUGGACACGUUUCAAGGUCUGUUUCGGCAACUGUUGAAUAUUGGCGAUUCCAAUGUGGCCGCCUGUAAUGCAAGACCCAAAUUGACAGCAUGCCAGAAUGUGGACGAAAAUCUGAGUCGAUAUCUGCCCGGAUGGUGGUUCGAUCUGAAAGUGGCCGACAAUGCAAACUUUGUGGCCAGUCAAUUGACAACCAGCCGAUAUCACUCGCUGGCUGAAUCCGGUAUGAAGGCCUACAAAUGUUUUUGUCAAUGUUAAUUGUCAAUUUAUUAACCAAAUUAAGAACUAAUAA